CGUCAUUCUGAGAGACCAUUUAGGUCUAGGGUGUGUAGGUUUGAUGGAGUGAUGGUUUGCCAAUUCUUCAAUUAGUUGUGAAAAUGAGACUGAAACUUGUGAUAUUUUCAACAUUCGCUUGCUUAUUGAUUAUUGGCAUCUCAGAUGGAUAUCAAUAUGGACCUGUAAUUGACCGAAUAAUUGUGUACUUCUCGCAGUUCAACUAUUUUAUAAAGAGUCAUAUCACCGAAGUUGAGAUCAAAUCAACUCAAGCGCUAGGUUCAUCUUAUCCGAAUGUGCCUGAAACUCCUUUAAGUAGCAAAGAUGUGAAGUUCUUUUUAUAUACGAGAAAGAAUCCCGAUAUUCACAAAACAUUAUUCGAAAACUCUUCUAAAAAAGAAAUACGCGAGUCUGGGUUUGAUCCCCAUCACGAGACUGUAAUUUUUUGCCAUGGAUACAACACAUCAUACACAAAAUAUGCAUCUAACUUCACAUCUAAUCUCCUUCCAAGGACAGAUAUCAACAUAGUAAUAAUCGAAUGGGAUUUGUAUUCGUCCUACAACGUGAUUUAUGUCGAAUUUGACACACUCUUUCGAUUGGGUAAGAUUAUUGCUGGUUUUGUGCAAAGUUUAAUCGAUGCCGGAGCUGAUCGUAAAAUGAUCCAUUUAAUCGGAUACAGCGAUGGAGGUGGAGCAGUGACAUUGGCUGCUAAACAGAUACGUCCCACAGUAGGAAGAAUUACUGCUUUUGAUCCAGUGGGAGACUACUUCAAUUAUUUUUUGUCGCCUCCGAAUCAGAUACUCUCUGCUGAUGAUGCUGAUUACGUACAAGUCAUCCACUGCACCGUAUAUCAUCAAGCUUUAUCUCCUCAACUGAAAGGAGAUAUAACGUUUUAUAUGAAUGGUGCAUUAAUACAACCUCAAUGUGCUAAAUUUACUAACAUAUCAAACGUCGCACUCUGUAGUCAUUUACUUUGUGGACCAUAUUUAGUUGAAUCAUUGAUGAAAAAAAGUACCUUGGUGGGUAUCAAAUGUGCUGGAUUUCUAAGCAAUUCUCCCAAAGAUUACGAUUUUUCCGAUAAAGUAACUCUUACAUAUGAUGUCCCGACAAAGUUCAAAGGUUCGUACUGUGUCCAUACAGAUCACCCUCCUGCCCCUGAUGUCGAAGAGGCCUAACAAGCCCCAUGAUAAUUUUAUGUUAGGUACCUACCUAUUAUUUCAAUAAUAAAUUUUAUUUCAAUCGGAAAAA